AACCUGCUGUCAAGACCAGGCACAAUGAACUCCUCCUUCCACCUGCACUUCCUGGACCUUCAGCUGAACACCACAGAGGGCAACGUCUCAGGGCCGAGUGUGGGGAACAUGUCCUCUCCGUGCGAGGACAUGGGCAUGGCAGUGGAGGUGUUCCUGACCCUGGGCCUCCUCAGCCUGCUGGAGAACAUCUUGGUCAUUGGGGCCAUCGCGAGGAACAAGAACCUCCAUGUGCCCAUGUAUUUCUUUGUGUGCAGCCUGGCAGUGGCCGACAUGCUGGUGAGCUUGUCCAACUCCUGGGAAACCAUCACCAUCUACCUGAUCGCCAACAAGCACCUAGUGCUGUCAGACGCCUCCGUGCGGCACCUGGACAACGUGUUCGACUCCAUGAUCUGCAUCUCCUUGGUGGCCUCCAUGUGCAGCCUGCUGGCGGUGGCGGUGGACCGCUACUUGACCAUCUUCUACGCACUGCGCUACCAGCACCUCAUGACCGGGCGGCGCUGCGGCGCCAUCAUCGCUGGCAUCUGGGCCCUGUGCACGGGCUGCGGCCCGGUCUUCAUCGUGUACUACGAGUCCACGUACGUCGUGGUCUGCCUUGUCGCCAUGUUCCUGACCAUGCUGCUCCUCAUGGCCUCCCUGUACGCGCACAUGUUCCUCCAGGCUCGCGCUCACGUCCGGCGCAUCGCGGCACUGCCCGGGUACCACUCCGCUCGGCAGAGGACCAGCAUGAAGGGCGCCGUGACCUUGGCCAUGCUGCUGGGCGUCUUCAUCGUGUGCUGGGCCCCCUUCUUCCUCCACCUCAUCCUGAUGAUUUCUUGCCCUCAGAACCUCUACUGCUCUUGCUUUAUGUCUCACUUCAACAUGUACCUCAUCCUCAUUAUGUGUAACUCUGUGAUCGACCCUCUGAUAUACGCCUUCCGCAGCCAGGAGAUGCGCAAGACCUUCAGGGAGCUCAUCUGUCUCCACGGCUUCCCAGCAGCCUGUAGGUUCCCUAGCAGGUACUAGACGAAAAGUUCUCCCUGCAGCUCUUCGCCUGCACUGUCCUUAGAUAAGGUGGUUUAGAAACAGCCAGACCAGGCAGUUCCUGUUGUGGC